AUGGUCGAUGCAUUGCGCCAGUCGAAUGUGGAUUUUGCCAUCUUUGUACCUUCAUAUUCACUCGCUCCCCAUGCGCAAUAUCCUACCCAAUUGCUCGAGGGGCUUCAGGUAUUACGGUUUCUCAUUGAGGAAGAGGGGAAGCUCGCCAAGAAUAUUGCCAUUGGAGGUGACUCGGCUGGGGGCAAUCUGGUCCUCGGAAUUCUGUCACAUAUUGCGCAUCCACAUCCCGGAAUAUCUGAAGGUUUCAUCCCAGACGAGCCGUUUGCUGGUGCGUUGAUACAUUGUCCUUGGGUAACAUUCGAUCAAACAUGGCCAUCUAUUGAGCGGAACAAACACAAAGACUCUGUGCCGCUCCUCCCAAACAGUGUCCAUGCUAAGUACUUUCUCGGCGAUGCACCUUCGGACAAUUACAAUGAGCCGCUUAGUGCGCCUCCGGAGUGGUGGGCAGGCCUGAAUGCACGUAUGCUACUCUUACUCUCCGGCGAGGAUGAUAUUAUGGUUGAUUCACAUCAUGCAUUUGGGAAGAUCCUUGUGUCUGCAAACCCAUAUAACACGGAAAUGGUGGUGGCCGGAGGAGAAGGACACGUUGCUCCUGUGUUGGAUCUGAUGCUUGGAGAUCGGAAUGAGUUUGAGAGCAGCAAGAGGAUGAAGCAGUGGCUAUUAUCAUGCUUUUAG